AUGCCUCCUCCUCCAACUGCUGAUACAGUCCAUGCCGCUGCUUCUACGGCCUUUACCGAGAAAACAAAGCCAACUCUGAAGCUGAAUACAGCUGCGAGACAAGAGUCCUUUGGUAGCGAAACGGCGACAGGUUCUGCCGAGAGAAAGACGAUCAAGAUCAAAGUUAGCAACAGCCAACCCAGCACACCAGGCGCGACUCCAGUGGUCACCAAAACCAAGGUCGGCAGAACUACCAAGCCCACCGCCAAACUCGUCGAGUCUAAGAAGCGCGGCUAUGAGAGCGAUGAAGAUAUGCCUAUGGCUGCGUCACGCGGCCAGGGCUCUAGCUCGCGCCCAGCAAAGAUCCAGAAGAUCAAGAUGAAAACAGGAUCGGGCAAGACACCCACCUCAGCAUAUACUCCGACAGCUCCCAUCAGCAGUAUCAAGUUCAGACCAAAAGGCGAACCCGUUAAACACAAAGCCGGCGAGGCGUACGAUUCAGAAGCCAGCGACCGGGAGGAGGACCCCGUACGAGAAUCUGUGAUGAUCCUCCGAGCCGUACCUGGUCCAUCGACCGAAUAUCUGCACAAAGUGUUGGAAGAAGGCCUUAUUGGUGUCCCCAAAGCUAGCGGCGGUGCGGAUGUAGGAAUUCAAUUUAUUGAUGGUAAAGAACGUCGGGCGAUGGUAACUGUUAAUGGCAUCUACUACGCCGCGGUCCUUGUGGACCUACCUACCAUCACAGAAGCUAUGAAAUCGUGGGAUCGCAAGUCGAUGAUGAAGAACUCCGAUGUUACCCAGAUGCUUCUCUGUUUUGCCGAGGUCAAGAACGAGAUGGAGGCCAAGGCCAUUGCGCUUCCUGCCAUGGCCCAGAAGACGGAACUUAAGUGGCCGCACGGUUUGACACCUCCUAUGCAUGAUGCUAUUCAUCGUAGAUUCAGGAAGGUUUUGUCGGAGAAACAGCUCCAAAGUACGUCGGCCACGGUUAAGAAACUCCUUGCGGACGACACUGCUGCCUUGGAAACAAAGGCCGAGUAUCUAUACACCGAAGAUGAGGACGACGGCGGUUCCGAUAUGGGCGACGAAGACGCCGAGGGUGAAGAUGAACUGGACGACUAUUUCGGCCGCCAAAACAGCGUGGACAACGAAGAAAUGGCCAUAGACGAACUCGAUCUCGAGGCUGAAUUCGAGGCAGCAGACGAAGAUAUGGCAGAGAGUGAGACGCCGGCUACUCAACUAGAGACACCAACACCGAUGACGGUAGAAGCCAUUACUCCUGCGGCGCCGCUCAAUGAGCCAAGCGACGAUGAAGGAGAAGAGGAAGAAGAAGACGUGUCCGAUGACGACGAAGAUGACGACGAGGACGAGCUCGACGAAGAGGAGUUGGCAAAGGAGGCCGAACGCAGAGAAAUGCACGAAGAACUCGUGGCGCUGCAGAGCAAGCUGGCGGAUCAGGAGAAAGAGCUUCAAACCAUGACUAAUCCGAUACUAAAGCAGCGAAUCCUGAACAACAUGAAGAGCGUCAAACAGGAAAUUUCCCUGAAGAGGGCUGCGCUCGGCAUCACGGACGACGACUAG